AUGUCGCCCGAUCCUGAGAAGCCGAAAAAGGCACCGAGGAAACACGUCACAACGGCCUGCGUACCUUGUCGUGAGAGUAAGAUUCGGUGUGACGGGUCUACGCCAUAUUGCCAGAAUUGCCAGCGCAAGGGCAAAGAUUGCAAGUACCAGCAUGGUGAUGAUAAACGAAAAGUAUCUCUCCGAGCUGCUACUGAGCUCUUCUCGGCGAGAAUAGAUCAAUUAUGCCAAUUUAUUCAUGACCAAGGACUGGAGCCCCCACCCAUGGAACCAGAGGAUGAGGCUGGCAUGGACAGGGUGCUAGACACUCUUCAAAUCCCACGUGGAGUCAUGAAAAGCAAUAGUAAUACGGGAUAUGAUGAAAAAUCUGAAAUCGAGUCCAAACCGCCAAUCAUCCCAAGCACAUCUCCGGUGCAGAGUUCACCUACUUCGACUCCAAAUGGGCAGAUGCGACCAGCAAAUGAAUCAGCGACCCCAGAGUCGCAUGCAUCGCAGGGAAUGGUGCCAAACCAGCAAUUACAUUCCACCAUGGAGCCCUGGAAUGCGUUCGACAUGGUACGGGGCGCUCCUGACAACCAGAACUUCGUCCACUGGGGAUUUACGCUUCCAACAGCUGAAAGUCUUGAUACCAUCUACGCAAAUAUCAACAAUGGAUCCGGAAUGCAGGUUAACACUGGUCUGGGUCCAGAUAGCUUACAGAUUGGUAUGGACAUGGCUCAACAACCUGGUGUGUUACUCGGCCAGCUGCCAAUGGAGCAACACCAGGAUUCUGAUAGCGACGAGGAAAACGAGGCCGAGAAUGACGUGAUUGAACAGCUAUCUAAUCGAAUAGGCACAUUGAAAAUCGCAGGAGAUGGCCAUUUAAGGUUUUACGGUGCGACUUCCAACCUCAACCUGGUGGACGUUUCUGCUACGCAACAACGUCAGAGACCAGAUGCUCGCACUGUGCGUCACGAUGGUCAAGAUAUUCUUAAUCAUCUUCGGGUUGGCCAACCGGUUGAUCAGGCCCUAGAGGACCACCUAGUCGAGCUCUACUUUACUUGGCAGAAUCCUAGCAUCUAUGUGGUUGAUAAGGAAAUGUAUAUGACUGCACGGUCAAAGUGGCGCAAUGAAUUUGACGACACGCCUUUUUAUUCGGAGGUUCUGACCAAUGCUAUGUGCGCCAUCGGAAGUGCGUUCGAGGCACGUUAUCAUCCUACUUUCAUCACAUUCCCAAAGUCAUUAGCGGAGUUCUUCGCAGAUAGGGCCAAGGCACUCCUAGAAAUUGAACUCGAUUCCCCCUGCGUUGCGACUGUUCAAGCCCUUGUGCUCAUGAGCUGUCAUGAAGGAGCGUCCAACCGCGACGCGCGAGGCUGGCUGUACAGUGGCAUGUCCAUGCGAUUGGCCUUUGAUCUUGGUUUACAUAUUGAUAUGAGGCUAUACGUCAAGCAAGGAGAUAUAAGCCAGCGUGAGGCUGAUGUGCGACGUGCAGCAUUUUGGGGAAGCUACGUUGCGGACCAUUUCUGGGGAUUCUAUCUUGGUCGUCCAUUCCGGAUGAACGCAGGAGACGUCAGUGUACCCAAGCCUGCGUCAGGUCUUGGCCCUGAGAAGGAGACAGUUUGGAAGCCAUAUGGCCUUCAAGAUAAAGAGAUUGAUAGUAACUUGAAAGACCCCACAGAGCUCAUUUGUAGACAAUUUGUGGUUCUAUGGGAAAUGAUUUCACCCGUCGGUCAUAUACUGUACGGGUGCUCAGACAUAUCUCGCCAUGAUUUGCAAAGACUAUGCUUCCAAGUCACUGAAGAUUUAUUUGCUUGGAAAGCCAACCUUCCCUCAAAUCUCGAGAUUGAUUUGGACGACACUACCACUCCGAUCCUUCCUCAUCUGCUUGUUCUCCAUAUGCAAUACCACCAGAUCGUCAUUUUCUUCCACCGUCCCUGGGUCUCAAAGAGCUACAUUCAGCCCCGUAGCCCUCGCCAAGGGCCUGGCUAUCACCACGCACGACGCAUGUGCAUUGAGUCCGCUACAGCCGUCGCACGACUCCUACAAAUCUACGAGAAACACUACACCUUCAGAAGAAUGACCAACCAAGUGGUGGCCAUAAUUUUCAGCGCCGCACUCAUGCUACUCUUCGUCACUGUCUCUAGCUCUCCCUUGAUGCCCACGAAAGUUGGCGAGAUCAAUCAACCUCACCCCCGAAAUGCUGAAAUGGUCGCAUACCUCAAUCUUUGCUUCCGCGCACUCGACGAAUUAGGCCAAUCAUUUGAAAAUGCUAAACGAACCCGCGACUACCUUGUUACCCUCCAACGACGCUGGCAAACUCACAUGCGUCGAUCUGGUCCCCGUGCCAAACGGCAAAUCAGUAGUGCGAACCUAUUAUCAAGCUCUGCACAAAAGGCAUCUACCAAUUCAGCACAUACCACACAAGGUACAGAGUCUUCGCGCAAGAAGUCUCGAGUCAUCAAUACCGAUGUACAUUCCCAAACUACUCGACAAAAUCCCACAUCAAACGUCAAUCCUGCUACUCUUGGUGAUUCUUCAUACCAACAUACACAACCGCCCACAUCUCAUCAGAAUCAGCAUCGAAACCCUUAUGCUCAGCAGCCUUUCACGGCACAACAAGCUGAAGAUUUUGAAUGGGUUCCAGCCUCUGAUUUAAAUCUCUUGCCUGGAAACCAUGGCUACAGCACCAAUCGAAAUUCUUUGGGCAAUAUAUCGGCACCGCAGUUCCCCGGUGAUCCGAGCAUGAGCAUGCUUCCUGAUCUAGGAGAUAUUGAGGGCUGGUGGGGGUCACCUAAUGGGACUUCAGGAUUAGGAGGGCCGAACUUAUAG